AUGUCCGACGACUCCGACACAUCUAUCCGACCUUCGUUCCGCGAGGCACAUAUCGCACAUCCUCGGUCGCGUGGCAGCCAGGUGGCCGCUGUCAAUAAUGUCGCGUGUCUAUAUUUUUUGUUCGUUCUCUUCCAAACACACGUCCUGUGCUCCACGAUGACAAAUGCGCAACACGUGCAUCAUGCCAAGCAUCCUCCUAUAUCGACGUUGCUCCUGCGGCCACCGACCUACACAACACAGCAAACAUCUUCAUCGACGUCGACGGCCAUCCUGUACAGCGACAUGGUCGUCGGUCUGCUCUGCCUGUCAUACAUUAGUGCCCUGCUCGCGAAAUCCGAGCGCACCUGGCUGUGGGGAUGGGCGUGGGGCUCGGAGAGCACGGUGUCGGUCAUCGACCGUUCGCCCGUGGUGUCGUUUCACUCGAGACCAGCGGCCUUCGGUGCUGAGAUAAAUGAUCCGCUUCUAGGAUAUGUUAUCCCCAUGUCCUCGUUUACUGUGCAAUGUCCUCGUAACGACACCCUACGCGCAGCCUCCCAGAAUAACGGGUGCCCCGACCUCUGCAUCGAUGGAGAUCACCAGCCCACAGAACCCUGGAUUGCGCUCGUGCAACGUGGAAAAUGCGAGUUUGUUAAGAAAGUGCGCGAGGCGCAGAGGCUCGGAGCGAAAGCAGUCGUCGUUGGAGGGGAUAACCCCGAUACUUCUGGAUAUCCAGACACGUUGGUCAAUAUGUAUAGUCCUGAAGACUCGUCUGAUGUCAAGAUAGCGGCGACGUACAUCAAAUACUCCGACUACAUGCAACUCUAUGGCCUCAUUUCAGAAUCCAAUACGACCCAUUCUGGAUUACGGACCUUAUCGUUGCUCAUCACCGCGGAGUAUUCAGCCUGGGAGUGGUAUUCACCUAUCAUCACGUUCAUCGUUAUUCUGCUUCUACCGUCUGCUCUAACAUUCAUCACUCUUCUUAUUCAUCGAGUCCGCGCUGCACGCGCUGCCCAACGUGAUCGUGCGCCAGAGGAUGUCGUCAGGAAUUUGCCUUGGCGAGUCUGGACUGGGACAGGUUGGGAGAAGCACGAACGCGGCGAGGAUCCCUCUUCAGUUCCAGAACGUCCCUCUGCUGAAGUCGACCUGGAGGAAGGUUUACCGGCUAAAGACGCUACCAGCGAUACCCCGAAACCGGUUGAAGCAGAAGACGCUUCUUCGUCUCUUCCUCCCGUACACCCGGUCAACCAGCCGUGGUUUGAAUCUCAGUUGGAGUGUGCCAUUUGUCUGUCGGAGUUCGAGAAAGGCGACAAGGUCCGGGUGUUGCCCUGCCACCACAUCUUCCACCUGAACGAAGUCGAUGAAUGGCUCAUACAACGGAAGAAACUGUGUCCUGUUUGCAAGGCAGACGUCACACAACCCCAUCCCAGCCUCUCCGCGUCCCCAGCGUCAGACCCUGCUGAACAAAACGAACAUCCCGACACGCCACCGUCACUCAGACCGGCCCCCUUGACCAACGCAACGGAACGAACACCUCUGCUUCAAGUUCAACCCAGCAAUGACCGCGAGGAACAGCCAUAG